GAUGGUGACUGCCGAUUCAAAGCUAGCGCUGUUGCUGCCACCUGCACUGGUUACACUGAUGUAGAGAGUGGAAGUGAAUCUGCAUUACAACAAGCUGUGGCCACUGUAGGACCAGUAUCUGUGGCUAUCGAUGCAAGUCACCAAUCAUUUCAGUUUUACUCAAGUGGUGUGUACAUUGAACCAGAAUGCAGCAGUACUGAGUUAAACCACGGUGUUUUGACGGUGGGAUAUGGUACAGAAGAUUCCUCAGAUUACUGGCUUGUUAAAAACAGUUGGGGAACUACCUGGGGAGAACAAGGUUACAUUAAGAUGGCACGUAACCGUAACAACCAGUGUGGUCUUGCAACCCAGGCCAGUUAUCCAUUAGUGUGAGAAAGUAACCAACACACUGCAUCUCUCUAUUCAAGAUAAAAAACCCGGCAUAGUUAAAAAUAAAAAUCAAGACAAAUUUAAUCCAUAGAUUAAAUUUUAUAUUUGCCAAUUCAACUAGGAAGUCUAUCACUACGAACUUGGUUUUGCAGGUUAUUUCGAUACAUUUUUUUUUCAGCUUCCCUCAAUUUUAUCAUCUGUUUUGCAUUCAAUUUUAAACAUUCUUUGCCUAUUUUUAAUUGCUCAUUUCUUGAAUCAAAGAUGUCUGCCUGUCGGCCAUCAUGAAUUUUUGCCUACAAGCUUUAUAAGUGCUAUUGUACAGAACACAAUUCCUUUGCAUGAAUCAGGCUGCUCACAGAUUGUACUCUAAAUAAAUGAAAGAAAUUAAACAUUUUGAGCAAUAUUUCUCAAAUUAUGACAAUAUCAGCAAUGCAGAUGUAAUCUGGGAGGAAUAUACCUAAUUUUUUUUUACAUUCUAACAAGUACUGCUUUUGUCAUUUUUUUUUCUUCAAUGUAUGGGGUUGGGUGAAUUGUUUGUGCUUCCGCCUUUUUUCUUUGAUGCAAGCAUAUCAUGCUGUAGUCUGAAUUUACAUUUCAAACAACAUAACUAUAACAAAUGCCACCUUUACAGUCCCAUGGCUCGUGCUUCUUCAUUUUAAGUAUAGCUGUUCUAGGAUGUGUUCACUUGGAACUUUGACAGACUGACUUGGAUAUCACAUCUCGUGACCAUACUUGGUCCUUUGAAUCAAUGAAGCUAAUUUGUACACUAUUUUCUUUAUAGGGGUAUUUUUAUGUCUGCAUAUCAUUUUCUUGUAUUGUGCCGUAUUUUACUAGAAAAUGUCUUAAACUUAAAGUGUGUCAGCAUUUGUGAAUUCUGUCCUUGUUUUGAAUUAAUAUUUUCAAUAAAAUUUCUUAUUUAACAAAA